AUGUCUUCUACCCACAAACGUCAGAAGUUGGUGAAUGUCGGCCUAGGCGCCCUACUGGACGCAGUAGAGGGCGCCGUAAUCACGCUGGUGGCAGGAGAAACUCAACUGGUGGUGCACAGGGCCGUGCUGGUGGCAAGGAGUCCCGUGUUUGAGGCCAUGUUCCGCCACGAAACACUGGAGGCCAGCAGAGGCCGGGUGGUGAUUCCGGACGUCGAGGGCCCAGUGCUGCGUCAGCUGGUGGUGUACCUCUACACCCUCCAGGUCCCCCAGUCUGCCAGCACGGCCCCUGACUUGCUCGCAGCUGCGGACAAGUAUGGCAUUUCAGGAUUGAAGGCUGCGUGCGAGCAGCAGGUGGCUGCACAGGUGACCGUGGACAGCGCGGCGGCCACAGCCGUCCUAGCCUUGAGGCAUUCUUGCCCCAGCCUCACAGAGGCCACCGUCACAUUCAUAAAGUCUUACAGGGACCAGGUAAUGGCCUCUGAGGACUGGCUGAAAGCUGUGCACCAUCAUCCUGACGCCGUACAGGAGUUGAUUAACCUGCUUGCAGAUGACAGGAUGACCGCGCUGCACUGGGCAGUGUUCAGCGGACACCUAGAGGCUGUAAGGUGCUUGCUUGCCAAUGGGGCAGAGGUGGAUGCCAAGGACGCCGAUCGGAGGACGCCUCUGCACUUGGCAGUACAAAGUGGAUACCUGGAGGCAGUGAGGUGUCUGCUGGACAGUGCGGCAAAUGCAGGCGCUAAGGACGACACACACGUGACGCCUCUGCACAUGGCAGCGUACGAUGGACGCUUGGAUAUAAUGAGGUGUCUGCUGGCCCAUGGGGCGAAGGUGGGCGCUAGGGAUCGCAACCAGCGGACACCUUUGCACUGGGCAGCACAAAAUGGAGACCUGGAGGCAGUGAAGUGUUUGCUGGACAGUGGGGCACAGGUGGGACCCAGGAACAGUUGGCAUCUCACACCGCUGCAUUUGGCUACAGAGAGGGGCCAUAUGGCAGUGGUGCAGCUGUUGGCGCAAUCUUCUGCCGACCUCAAUAUUAAAUGUAUAGAAGGGAGGACGGCGCUGCACAAAGCAGUACUGCAGGGCCACACUGAUUUGGGGUUUGUGCUUGUAGAGGCAGGGGCAAAUGUGAAGGUGUCAGAUAAGAGGAAGUGCACAGCAUUGCACUAUGCUGCACUCGCAGGGAACCUGGAGAUGGUGAGAUGUCUGUUGGAGAGGGGGGCAGACGUUGGCGCGAGAAAUAAUCUGCGUAAUACGCCUCUUCACUUGGCGGCAGAGAGGAGCCAUUUGGCUGUAAUGCGGCUGUUGCUGGCAUUCUUUGCUAACCCUAAUGCCAAAGGUCGGAUGGGGCGAACACCGCUGCACCAUGCAGUAUACCGUACCAAUAAAAAGAUGGCAGCUAUGCUGUUGGAGGCUGGUGCGAGUGCGGGCAUCAGUGAUGACAAGGGGAGGACGCCCCUAGAAGCUGCCAAACAGCGGAACUUCCGGCUGCAGGUGCAGAUCCUGAAAUAA